AAAUAAAACAAUUAACAACUUUACUAAGACCAGUUGCGCUGUUUCGUUAUUUAAAUAACUUUAUGUAGUCUGUAUUUCAACGAUGACAUAGGUAUAUUUUAUGUUUAUAUCAUCUUCUUUGAAGUCUGCCCUGCUGCUAUUCCUGUUCCUGUUGCGUUAAACUCAAUUGUCUUCCUCAACCUGAUCUAUUACUUUUAUCGAAAGUGAUAAACACUUCUUUCAUUAAGCAUUUCUUCAAUUACACCAAAAUAGAAGCCAAACUAAGCGCUUGAGAAAAUGUCUGCCACGGCUUUAUUUGGAAAUACCUCGGCACUAGGAGGAAGUUCCGGGGGUAACAAACAUUUAGUAGAAUUUCGCGCAGGAAGAAUGACUUUAAAAGGUCGCAUGGUACAUCCAGACAAAAGGAAGGGCUUGUUAUAUGUGUACCAAGGCGAGGACUCUUUGAUGCAUUUCUGUUGGAAAGAUCGCACCACCGGGGAGGUAGAAGAUGAUCUUCUAAUUUUCCCUGAUGACUGUGAAUUUGUACGCGUAUCUGAGUGCACUACCGGUCGAGUAUACGUGCUCAAGUUCAAAUCGUUCUCUAAGAAAUACUUCUUUUGGAUGCAGGAGCCUAAAAGUGAUAAGGAUGAUGAGUAUUGCCGUCGCAUCAAUGAAGCAUUGAACAACCCACCAACAUCCGGUGGCCGUGGGGGAGGUGGAGGUGGAGCACAAGAUGGAGAACUACAAAACCUGCUAAACAACAUGUCUCAGCAGCAACUCAUGCAGCUCUUUGGAGGCGUCGGACAGAUUGGGGGCUUGUCUUCCCUUCUUGGAACUAUGGGGAACAAUAGUAGCAGUUCGGGCAGUGGGGGCAGUACUCGCGCGUCAGGCGGCAGUAGCGCAAGCUCCCGCGGAGGCAGCGCUCCGCGAACCAGUGAGCCUGCGUCCGCACCCGCUCCUGCUGCGCCCGCCCCCGCAGCUCCUGCACGCGCCGCUCCCCGCCGCGAUGUGCCUCCCGCAGCUACGCCGCCCAAUACUGCUAGCGCCACGCAACCGCGCAGCGGACAAAUCUUCCUAUCCGAUUUGCAACGCUACUUCUCGACCUUAGGCAAUGCGCCUCCCGACGCGGCUGGUGCAGGGGGUGCGGCCGGUGCGGAGGGCGGGGCCGGCAGCCCCGGCGCCGGGGGUAAUCGCCUGGAGCUGGGCGCAGCGCUCGCCUCCUCCGACGUGGUGGCGGCGGCCAGCGAGCCCCGCAACGCGCAGCGCUUGGCGCAGCACCUGCCCGCCGCUGCGGCCGCGCCCGACGCCGCCGCCGCCGGUGCCGCCACCGCCGCCGCCACUGCUGCGGCCAAGGCCCACGACGAUGCAGCUAAUCAAUUCUCUGCUGCGCUUUCAUCUGGUCAGAUGGGUCCGGUCAUGAACCAGUUUGGACUGCCCCCGGAGGUGACAUCUGCCGCGAGCACCGGUGACAUGCAGGCAUUCUUCAAAGCAUUGGAGAAUACCUCCAAUGCAUCUGAUUCCUCCAAGAGCCAGGAGGAAGAUAAAAAGAAAGAAAAGGCAAAGGAAGAGAAGGAUGGCAAAAAAGAUGAUGAUGCUGGAAUGUCGUUAGAUUAAUUUUAUUUGGAAAUAAUAAAUAGGGUACAUCCCUAGAAGUAUUUUCAAUUUAUCGCUUUUCAAUAGUGUAGUUUUAUUCUAUUUAUAUGUAGUGUUGUCUUUUUCGCCAUAUGUAAAGGGUAGAUAUAUAAUAUGUUUAGACAUAUUAAUUGAUGUAAAGGCAUUCACAUUAUGUACUGUUAAUGUCGACAUAACAUAAUAUUUUGUGGC